AUGUUCGAGGAUCGCGCACUGAUGGGUCGACUCAAAGCUGGAGGUUUUGAUCUGAUUUUGGCCGACCCUUACCAUGUAGCCGGUGUCAUGAUGGCCCAUGUACUUGAGAAGCCGUUGGUGCUUGGCAGGUGGAUGAUAGCCGGGGACCUCCACUUUAAUUUAGCCCCGUCGCCACUUUCUUUUGUGCCCAUGAUAAGUUCACGCCUGAGCGACAGGAUGGCUUUUGGACAGAUUGAGAACGUGUUGAUAUAUGGAAUAUCGAGAUACAUGAACAACUUCCACAUUUACCCAGUUUACAACAAACUGUGCCAGCUUUACCUCAAUAGUGACAUUACGGUGGAAGAACUUUAUCAAAAGGCUGAUAUCGUGCUAAUGAAGGUUGACUUUGCCUUUGAGUAUCCUCGGCCGACCGUGCCAAACCUGGUUUACAUCGGAGGUUUUCAGUGCAGCCGGGGUCGACCGCUCCCUGCUGAACUGCAGCGGUUCAUGGACAGUUCUGGCGAGGAUGGCGUGGUGAUCUUCUCCUUAGGAAGUGUGGUGGGCUUCCUUCCACCAGAGCUGGCGAGUGAAGUCGCGGCGGGACUAGCCCGACUCCCUCAGAGGGUGAUCUGGCGGUUUACUGGAAGACUGCCCUCAACCUUAGGGAACAACACUAAGAUAAUGAGCUGGCUUCCUCAAAAUGAUCUGCUGGGUCAUCCGAAGACCAGAGCGUUCAUCAGUCACGGUGGGGAAAAUGGGAUUUAUGAGGCCAUUUACCACGGGGUCCCCGUGGUUGGCAUCCCAAUCUUAUUUGAUCAAUAUGAUAACCUUCUGCGUCUCAAAACCCGAGGAGCUGCGGUCAUGUUAGAUUUGGCUCACUUGAAAAGAGACGAUGUUUUCCAGGCAGUCAAGACCGUCAUCGAGACCCCUUCCUAUGGGGAGAACAUGAAACGAAUAUCUGCCUUGCACAGAGAUGUUCCAGUGGAGCCAAAGGAGCUGGCUGUUUUCUGGGUUGAAUACACAAUAAGGCACCGAGGGGCUGCUCAUUUUAGAUCCGCGGGUAAUGAGCUGCCAUUCUAUCAGUACUACUUACUGGAUGUGUUUGUCAUUGUUCUGGUUUUCGUGGGGCUUUUCCUUUAUCUUGCAUUUAAAUUGCUAAAAACUUUACUUGUCAAAGUGUGCUCGGGGAAAAGGAAACAGGACUAA